AUGGCAGCACAGAAUCCUCCCGCACGACGCGGGGCUCUCAUCGUGGUCGAGGGCCUGGACCGCGCGGGCAAAUCCAGUCAGUGCGAGUCUUUACGCAACAAACUGCAGCAGUUGGGCCACUCGGUCAAAUACAUCCGUUUCCCAGACCGGACCACGCCCAUUGGGAAGCUGAUUGAUGGCUACCUACGUGACCAGUCGCAGUUGGACGACCAUUCCAUCCAUCUCCUCUUCUCCGCCAAUCGCUGGGAAAUCGCCCGCUCCAUCGAGGACGAUAUAGCAGCCGGAGUUACCGUCAUUGUGGACCGCUACUCCUACUCUGGUGCUGUGUACUCGGCCGCCAAAGCCAACCCCACCUUGUCCCUGGAAUGGGCGUGGACGCCGGAAAUCGGAUUGCCUCAGCCUGACCUGUGUCUUUUCCUCAGUAUCGCCCCGGAGGAAGCUGCCAAGCGCGGGGGGUUUGGCGCCGAACGCUAUGAAAACGAAACCAUGCAAAGCCGCGUGCGCGAAUUGUUUCAAACCAUCUUCCGUGUGCAACGCAGCGGCAACAUCCGCGUGAUUGAUGCAGGAAGGUCGUUCGAGAAUGUCUCUAUCGACAUCCAGAAGAGCGCAGUGGACUGCCUAGCCGGAUUGGACUCCAUUGGGCCCUUGAAGAGAUUCGUAUCGAUUGCUGUUUAA